AUGUUACCAGAGUUUUCAAUUCUUCUCAGUGGCUGUUCUGUUUGGCAUUCAGCUCUGAUAGCCAUCCACCGCUACCUUGUUGUAGUAAAGAAUAAUUUCUACCAAAGUAUGUCAAAAACAUUGUAUGUUGUAUUAGUCUUAUUUUUGACAAGAAUCAUUCCACUCUUAGCUGUAGUACCUUCCUUCUUUGCCCGAAUGUCGCAGUAUGUGCCAAAGUUAUUACGAUGUGUCAUUUCUUCUGCAUAUUCAGCAAGAACUCUUGCCUCAAUAUCAGUUAUAAUAAUUAUCCCGAGUAUAAUAGUUGUAGUAUGUUUUGCAACAAUAUUCAUAUAUGUUCGUAGAGUACAGAGGAACAUGCAUCUUGUGCAAACAUCUGUGCGGCGUGAAAUUCAAAUAACCAAAAUGUUCGGAGUUACUUUUUUAAUCUUUGUCAUAGGAUAUUUGAUAUAUGGUGUUGUGCGCGUAGUUGACAAAAAGAACAACUUAGACGCUGAUGUCUACGUCUUUGUUUCUGUCCUCCAUCACAUUGGAACCUGUCUUAACCCAGUUAUCUACGGCCUUAUGAAUCAGCAAAUACGGAACACCUGUCUCAAAACUGUUGGGAAAGAUAAACAAAACAAAACAAAAAAGAAAAUAAAGGACAAGAAGGCACAGAAUCAUCAUGGAAGACAAAGUUUAGAGACCAGAAGCUAUUUGCAGUGCAGUUCAGAGUCUGAUCCUAACCCCACCCCGAAGACUUCCCUGACAACUACAGGUAACCUGGCUGUGGCAAUAAAAGGUACCUAA